ACAUAUGUAUAUGUUUUACCAGCUACCCCAUGGACUGUCCAUGGGAAAUAGUUGUUCGGCUUCGGUUCUGGAGGGCCGCAGGUUUUUCGAGUUGGAAAACGAACAAUUGCGAAGGCGUUUUCACGAGGAAUUCCUGUCCGGCUACAACUACAAUACGAAUGUCUCUGAGGCGAAUCGUCAGGCCAUGAUCGAGGUUUACGCCCGGAAUGCGGAGCUCAACAAACGCCUGGCCCAGAAAAUAAAGGCCUCCGACUACCUGCAGUCCGAGGAUGCAGAUGUACGCCGUCAGGCCGAGCACCUCUCCAAGCUGGGAGCCUCCGCCCUCAAUGCCGACGACUACUUGGCCCUCCAGAAUGCCGUUAGUUCGAUGCAGACGAACUAUGCCACCGCCACAGUGUGCUCCUAUACGAAUCGCACUGAUUGCUCCCUCACCCUGGAGCCGCACAUCCAGGAGCGCCUGUCCCACAGCCGAGAUCCUGAGGAGCUGUCCUGGUACUGGCGGGAGUGGUACGACAAGGCGGGAACACCCAUGCGGGAUCACUUCGCCGAGUACAUCCGUCUGACGCGAAAGGCCUCCCAAUUGAAUGGCCACCGAUCCUAUGCCGACUAUUGGGUGCAGUUCUACGAGGACGCGGACUUUGAGCGACAACUGGAUGCCACAUUCAAGCAGCUGCUGCCCUUCUACAGGCAGCUCCACGGCUACGUGCGCUACCGCCUGCGCCAGCACUACGGUCCGGAUGUGAUGCCGGCGGAGGGGAACAUCCCGAUCAGCCUGCUGGGCAACAUGUGGGGUCAGUCGUGGAACGAGCUGCUCGAUCUCUUCACUCCCUACCCGGAGAAGCCGUUCGUGGACGUGAAGGCCGAGAUGGAGCGCCAGGGAUACACGGUGCAGAAGCUCUUUGAGCUGGGCGAUCAGUUCUUCCAGUCGCUCGGAAUGCGCGCCCUGCCUCCCAGUUUCUGGAACCUGAGUGUGCUGACCCGUCCCGACGAUCGUCAGGUGGUUUGCCAUGCCUCCGCCUGGGACUUUUACCAGGACAGCGAUGUGAGAAUUAAGAUGUGCACCGAAGUCGACUCCCACUACUUCUACGUGGUGCACCAUGAGCUAGGGCACAUCCAGUACUAUCUGCAGUACGAACAGCAGCCGGCCGUCUAUCGGGGAGCCCCUAAUCCUGGCUUCCACGAAGCUGUGGGCGACUUGAUUGCCCUGUCGGUGAUGUCCCCAAAGCACUUGAAAGCCAUUGGUCUGAUAGACAGUGGUAGACUGGACGAGAAGAGUCGAAUCAACCAGUUGUUCAAGCAGGCUCUCUCCAAGAUUGUCUUCCUGCCCUUCGGCUAUGCCGUGGAUAAGUAUCGCUAUGCAGUUUUUCGCAAUGAACUGGACGAGUCUCAGUGGAACUGCGGCUUCUGGCAGAUGCGAUCCGAGUUUGGCGGCGUCGAGCCACCAGUUUUCCGCACCGAAAAAGACUUUGACCCGCCGGCCAAGUACCACAUUGAUGCGGAUGUGGAGUACCUUCGCUACUUUGCCGCCCACAUCUUCCAGUUUCAGUUCCACAAGGCCCUGUGCCGUCAGGCCGGACAAUAUGCCCCCAAUGACAGUCGCCUUACGUUGGACAACUGUGAUAUCUUCGGCAGCAAGGCGGCUGGACGAACUCUUAGCCGGUUCCUCUCAAAGGGCAACUCCCGCCACUGGAAGGAGGUUCUCCAGGAGUUCACGGGCGAGACGGAAAUGGAUCCAGCUGCACUUUUAGAGUACUUCGAUCCGCUCUACCAGUGGCUCAAGCAGGAGAACAGUCGGUUGGGCGUCCCACUUGGCUGGGGACCUACGAACAAGAUCCCUUCGGAUUGCUGUGGAACAUUCAGCACCUAGACUAAGCCAUCCUGAACUUGACUUGGGGUUGUUGAGACCCGCAAUUAAAUAUGUUUAAUCUGUCAUUAGAAACAAAAAAAAAAUAAACAAUUUUAAGAACUCUGUAAUUAAUUCCACAUUUCAGCAAUGAUAUUUAAAUUGAUAUUUAUUGUAUCGAUUCAUUCGUAUCGUUUCUUUCGUUUCAUUAAUAAAUUGCCAUUACAUAAUACACUUUUUUUAACGAUAUCAUCCCCAAUAUUCAUUAAAACAAAAAAUAUAUAAAUUAUAUUCUUUCGUAAA